AAAUAAAUAAAUCUCUAGAAUAUGUUCUACGGUAACAUGUUAUUCUAUAUUUCUAUAGCACAAACUUUAAAUUAAUUAAUUUCUAUUUAUCUGUGUAUUAUGAAUAAUGUAUGAUUUAACGCAUGGACCACGGAAUAUUUAUUCUGUGCGCGGAGCCAUGGACUAAGAUUUUUUCAGAUCUGCCCCCGAUGGCCCGAUAAGAGUGAUAGCUGAUAAGAGCAAUCAAGUAAUCAGGAUCACGGCUGUAUAGACUGUAGAUAACACGCUCCGAAAGCCAGAACCGUACACGAAUAGAAAUAUAGAAUAGUCUGAAUAUAAUAGGUACAUUAUUUAAUAUUUAUUUAUUUUUUAUAAUAAUGUGUUCACGGUCAGAAAUCUGACGUUAAAAAAAGAUUUGUAUACAUAUAACUUAAUACUAUCCACUCAGAAUAUUAUAGUAUCUUUAGUAUAAUGUUUUUCCUUGGAAAAUGAUUUUUUAUAAACUAUUUGUGUUAUAAAUGUGUAGGUAUUAAUAAAUUAUGAAUAUAUCGUUGGUUAAUAUAAAUACCUAUAAAUUCCACGUUCAAAUCAAUUGUCUGGCCUAAUACAUUGUAAUUAAUAUUAUUUACAUAUGAAUUUAAUUCAUAAUUGAAGUAUACCAUAUGAUUUCAUUGAUAUUGGUUAUUGCUCAACAGUCAUGAUAGUUCGAAGGAAAAAUUUUCACUUCAGUCAUCAAUUUGUUUUUAAACACAAUAUUAAAUAUAAAAUCAAUGAAAUACAUAAUAUUUACUAUCAAUGAAUGGACCUCAUUGGCUGAUACCAUUAUUCUUGGAAUUGAUCCAUUAAUCAUAUAAAUGUGUAUAGGAUAUAACUUAAAUAGUUACAUAAAUAUGGAUAGUCAAAGUCAGCAUUUAAUUGAUCACAAUUAUAUUCAGAAUUUUAAAGAAGAAAUUAAUGUUUCAAACCAUAUAGUUGACCAUGAUUAUGCCUUACCAGUCAUUAUGUCAGUGUCAGAUAAUGAUGAUAAAGAUGUUCCUGAUGAUGUUAUUGUUGAAAAACCAAAAAAUUACAGAAUCCUCCCCGGAAUUCAACGCAAUACAAAAAUAUAUGUGGAUAAUUUAGGUUAUAAAUAUUAUAAGAAAAAACUGCUUGUCAAUACAAUAACAUUAAUAUGUGAACGGCAACGAAGUCCUAGUCGCCCAAUAUGUUAUGGUACAGCAUCAAUUAGUAUAGAUAUAUCGGAUAACCACAUUUCUAUUCGAAAUCCUCAUAACCAUGAGCCUCCUGUCAUUGAUCUAAAUGUACCACUAUUAAGGAAUGCACUCACUGAAAGAGGUCUUGAUCCAACAAUUACAACAAUGUCUGUUCGGAGUAUUUAUAACAACGAAAUAAUUUGGCACCAAGAAGCGGCUAAAAAUUAUACAUAUACCCAAACUAAAGCAAGAGUAAAAAGGAUGAGAAGAUUACGGAAACUAAAAUGUUGAUUAUUGUUGUUUAUCAAUUCUUUAUUCAAUUUCAACUGAAUGUAAAUGAUCUCUUAGUAAUCGCUUAAUUAUUUUGUGGAAAGGUGCACGAAAAUUCCAAAGAGAAGAAACAACCAAACUGAUUAGGGAAUGUGUACUAGCAGCUGACCGGGGUCAGUAACUUCUUGAAAUUCUUAAGAAUUGUUAAUUAUAUUGAUGGUCAUGUUCAACAAGUUCCUUCGAAUUGAAAGUAAAAAGUGUCUACAACUGUUUGUGUUAUUUGGAAAAAUAUUUAACCAUGAAGGAAAAUGAUGUACAAAAAAAACAACUACAUACUAAACGUACAAAUAAAUUAAAAGUACUUAGAAUAAAUCAUAAAAAAUUCGAAACUGAACCAAAAUGUGUCAUUAAACCUCUCAGCUUUAAUUCCUGGCAUAUAAAAUCAUUUACAGAUGAAAAAAAUAUACAUUGUACUUAAAACUGAACUUAAGGAGUGUUCCAUGUAUGCAGAUGAAGUUACUUGCUCACUUCCUUGUACAAUAUGUAAAACAUGUUUCCAUGAUUUCAUUUGUAGCUGCCCUGAUCACAGUAUUAGAAAUAACAUGUGUAAACACAUUCAUGCGGUCUGUAUGUACAAUCUCAAUAAUGAACAAAACAUAUAUCUGGAUACGGAUAUAGGUAAAAAUAAUAUUGAGAUGGCACAAAACCAACAGCAAGUUCAACAUUUAGAGGAUGAUAUUCAAACACAUCAGGAUGAUGAUAUUUUAUUGGACAAUAUGAGGAACAAGAUAUUAAAAGAAGUUGAACUGUCCUUGCAAAAUGUCAAAACAAAAGAUCAACUACUACAGAUCAAUAGAAAAUUAAUUGCACCAAUACAUGCAUUCAUUUCUGCUUCGAAUGUUGAAACUGUGGCUCUUAGAAAGCAAAAAUCGGAAAGAGGAAAAAUGGCACUCCAAAAAAGGAUUUUUGAUUAACUUUUACAUUUUUACAAUUUUUUAUUUAAUAUGACUCAGUAUGGUGAAUUAAUAUACCUACAUAUUUUUAAUUUCAUA